AUGUUUAGAAGAUUAUUUAUUUCAAUAGUUAUUGUCUGUAUUGCUACUAUUGUACUUGGUGUUGAAAGUGAAGAUUAUCCACCAAAUACAUCUGAUAUAUUAGAUGAUUUCCAAUCUGACAAACUUUCAUCUGAACAUAAUCAGAUACUAGAGAUUAAUGGUCAAUAUAAUAAUGUAGAAGAUGAUGAAAAUAUUGAAAAACGUGCUCCUAUGGAUCGUUCUAGUAUGAUAAAAUUUGGAAAACGUGCUCAAUUAGAUCGUGCUAUGGUUAGAUUUGGUAGAGCUCCUCUUGAUAGAAGUUCUAUGGUAAGAUUUGGACGUGCACCACUUACUCGUACAUCAAUGAUACGUUUUGGGAAACGUGCACCAUUAGAUCGUGCAAUGGUAAGAUUUGGAAAACGUGCUCCAUUAGAUAGAGCUAUGGUUCGUUUUGGAAAACGUGCUCCAUUGGACCGUGCAAUGGUACGUUUUGGAAAACGCGCUCCAUUGGACCGUGCAAUGGUUCGUUUUGGAAAAAGAUCAGAGUAA